AUGACAGGGACAGUCGCAAUCACGUUCAAGAAUGAGACAAAGAGCCAUCCAGUUGAGAAUGAGACCAAAGUGAGUGAUAUUGUUCAUAAACACUACAAAAGUGAUGGAAUCAUCACAUGCAGAAUCAAUGGAUCACUUUCAGACCUAUGUUCACCAAUUGGUGAAAACGGGGAAGUCGUCCUCUACGACUUCAGUAGCCAGGAUGGAAAACACGUCUUCUGGCACUCAUCUGCCCACGUCCUGGGAAACGCACUGGUCAACCUGUACGGGGUGAAACUGGUGAAUGGGCCACCUGUGGAAGAGGGCUUCUACUACGACAUGGAAACAGAGAGGACAUUUGGGGAGAACGACUUCAGGGAGAUAGAGAAGGAGUGUCAGAGACUGAUGAGGGCGAAUAGUCGAUUUGAGCGGAUUUACAGAAAGAAGGACGACCUGAUGGCGUACUACGAGAACAACAGCUGUAAGACGUAUUUCAUAGGCAGAAUUGAGGAUGAUGAAAUCAGCUGCUACAAAAAUGGAGAUGGCUUCCUGGACAUGUGCAUGGGCCCACACCUGGGAAGCACUGGUCAAAUUGGGGCACUGAAGGUGACCAAGGCGUCCUCGUGCUACUUCCUGAAUGAUAGUCGAAAUAGGACACUUCAGCGCAUCUACGGCGUAAGCUACCCAAACAAGGAGGAGAUGAAGGCGUACGAAAGACGGCAGAAAAGAGCAAGGGAAAUGGAUCACCGCAAAAUAGGGCGAGAGAUGGAGCUGUUCUUCUUCCACGACUACUCGCCAGGAAGCUGCUUCUGGCUGCCAGAUGGGGCUGUGAUCUAUAACAGAUUGGUCAGCUAUAUCAGGGAGGAAUACCUGAAAAGGGGAUUCAGGGAGGUGAUUACGCCAAACAUGUUCCACCUUGAUUUGUGGAAGGAGUCUGGCCACUACGAGAACUACAAGGAGAACAUCUACAGGGUGGAGGACGAGGAGUACGCCCUGAAGCCGAUGAACUGCCCAGGCCACUGCGUGAUGUUCAGGAGCACCGACCACAGCUACAGGGAGCUGCCACUUCGAUACGCCGACUUUGGCGUGCUUCACAGGAACGAAUGCAGUGGGUCUCUGACUGGGCUGACUCGAGUCAGGCGAUUCCAGCAGGACGAUGCCCACAUAUUCACGCCAGGUGGCCUGGUUAGGAGCGAGAUACUCGGAUGCCUCGACUUCCUGAAAUGCGUCUAUGGGCUGUUUGGAUUCGAGUACGAGCUGUAUUUGAGUACACGCCCUGAGAAGAGCAUGGGCGAGGUGGAAGAGUGGAACGAGGCUGAGGACGCCCUACGAGACGCAAUUGUUGCCUCUGGCCACUCCUACACCAUCAACGAGGGAGAUGGUGCAUUUUAUGGCCCAAAAAUAGACAUCAUUCUGCUUGAUGCAUUUGGGAGAAAGACGCAGUGUGCGACAAUUCAGCUCGAUUUCCAGCUGCCAAGGCGGUUUGGGCUUCGAUUCAAGAACGAGAUGGGCGAGAUGGAGAGGCCCGUGAUGAUCCACAGGGCCAUUCUGGGCAGCAUCGAGAGAUUCGUUGCCAUUCUGGUUGAGUCGUAUGGGAAGAAUAUGCCAUUCUGGCUCCAUCCAAGGCAGAUUGCCCUGAUUGGAAUCAGUGAGGCAGUGAAUGGGUAUUUGGGUGGAAUUCAGGCGAGAUUGAGGGAGAUCAGUGCGGAUAUCGGAAUCAGAAACUACGUGGAUUCAAAGGACACCCUGGGGAAGAAGGUGAGAAAGGCCACCUUGGACGGAUGCAGGGUGAUUUGUGUCGUGGGCGAGAAGGAGGCUGAAAAUGGCGAGAUCAACGUCAGGCAGGGGAAUCAGAAUGGGAAUGUGGGCGUGGAUGAGUUCUACAGGGUGGUGGAUGGAGCACUACGAAGCAGAAGCAGGGAUCUCACAUUCACCCUGAAUAAAUGA